AUGGGAUCCCUAUCCCGCGAGAUCCUCGCACAGGUCGCAACGCUCUCGACGCCGGCUGAAGUAUGGAGUGCUAUCCAUGCCAUGUUUGCUGCUCAAAGCCAAGCUCAAGGAAUCAACACGUGCAUUGAGCUCACGAAUCUUCAAAAAGGUAACAUGUCUAUGGCAGAAUACCUUGGAAAAAUUAAAAGUCUCACCGACGAAGUCGCCUGCACCGCCGCCGCGCUCUCCGAUCCAGAGAUCGUGUCCAAAAUCCUCGCCGGCCUCGACAUGGACUACAACCCUGUGGUCUCCGCCCUCGCCGCUCGGGUGGAGCCGAUCACCAUUCAGGAGCUAUACAGUCAGCUCUUGAGCUUCGACGCCCGCCUCAGCCUUCUUCACGGCGUCAACAUCCGGAAGUCCUCCGCCAACUCUAUCUCCGGUGGCCGCGGCCGUGGGCGCGGUCACCAGGGGCAACGCAGCGGCGGCCGUGGGCGCGGCAACGCCGACUACUCCAACAACGGCAGCGCUGGCUACACCAACACCGGUGGCAGCGGCGGCAGCAACUACAACAACAGGGCCGGGGGUGGCGGCUUCAACAACAACAACAACAGCCGCCCUUCUUCUUCCCGAGCACGUCCUCGCUGCCAGCUCUGCAAGAAGCCGGGCCAUGAAGUCUUGGACUGCUGA